UGGGUCAAUAAGAACAGUAUAUAUGCCGAAUUAUUGCCUAUCUAUAUGAGUUGAGAAAGGGGAGAUGAGAUCAUGGUCGGAUGACUAUCUGAGAUCCCAAAAGUUAUAGAGUACGUUAUAUGUAUGCCGUAGUGCCAAAUACAUAUAGCACCACUUCUGUGGCUCUGUGUGUUGUCCCUUUCUCGCCAUCCCAUCGUCUCUGUCAACCAAGAGAUCUAGCGAGAGACAGAAAAAUAGAACAAAGCCAGCAGACAUGGGGAGGGCUCCAUGCUGCGACAAGUCGAGUGUGAAGAAAGGGCCCUGGUCACCUGAGGAGGACAGCAAGCUCAAGGAGUACAUCCACAAGAAUGGCACCGGCGGCAACUGGAUCGCUCUCCCUCACAAAGCUGGUCUCAAGAGGUGCGGCAAGAGCUGCAGGCUGCGGUGGCUCAACUAUCUGAGGCCAAACAUAAAGCACGGUGGCUUCUCUGACGACGAGGACAGGAUCAUCUGCAACCUCUUCGCUACCAUCGGCAGCAGGUGGUCGAUCAUCGCAGCGCAGCUGCCCGGGAGGACGGACAACGACAUCAAGAACUACUGGAACACCAAGCUCAAGAAGAAGCUCAUGCAUGGCCUGCAGCAUGCUUACAACCACCACAGCUCCAAGAUGCAGCAGCAGCAGCUCUUGUUCCUCACCGCGUCAUCAGCCGCACCGCCGGAAGCCGCCGCUGGUCCCUCGUCUCUGCAGCACCACUACAGCAGCAGCGGCAGCUACGGCUCCAACAACAGCUCGACGUCCGUCCUCUCCGCCGCCGCCGGCAGCCGCGGCCUCCUCGUCAACGGCGAGCAUCAUCAUAUUCAUACGACGAUCCCAUCCUGUUUGGACAGUGGCGGCGGCGGCGGCGGCCUUGGCUUGUACUUGGAUGAGCUCUGCGCCACCACCAGCAGCAGCGUCCAUGGUGGGCAGGGGCUUAGCGCGGAGAGCUUCGUCUUCGGCGGCUUUCAGCAGUUGCUGGAGGAGGACCACCACAAGGCGGCACUGCUCCUCGCCGCCGGCGCCGCUAACCAGCUGGAUCAACAGUACAGCGCCGCCGCCUCCAGCUGCUACGACGAGGCCAAGCUGCCGUUGGUUAGCCUGAUGGGCGGCGACAGCGGCGAUAAGGGAGGUUCCUACAUUUACAUUGAUUGAUCACAAUGAUCAUAAGCCACGUGGGUGGUAAAUGGCCCAACAUUUUAAACUAGAAAAUCUAAGAGCUGGACCCUAAAAGGAUCGGGCUCUAAUCUUAUAUAAUUUUGAACUAAAAAAUUUAAAAGCCUUGUUGGGCUGUGAAGAGAUCACUAGGGCCAUGGCUCAUUACCACCCUCUGUAUUCGUACCAUAGCAGGAUGAGCUAGCUAGCUACUCCAUGUGUGUUACUCCGUACUUACCUAGCUGGCAGGGUAUGUUAAUGUGAUUACGUACAAUUAGUCAAUUAAUUACCUGUAUUAUUAUGGUGACUAGCUAGUUGCCAACAUGUGCAGUGGCACAUGAUGAGCUUGCUUUAACUUUGUAAUUCUGUACGUGUACUACUUUCGGUAUUAUCUUGACUA